AUGCCUCGAAAUCAACCACAAACCCAUGCUGGUCUGAAGAAACACGAUCAUGGCUUCACACUUCCCAAUGGCAGCCGGGUUUCACACCAGGCAGGCAGCGUCACAAAAACGCCUUUCACCGACCUUGGGUUUCCCGUAGACAUGCACGAACUCACGGCGAAUGCCUCAACAACACUUGACCCGGACACUCAACGACCUAUCACUUUUGCAGGUCAACUCGGUCUGAUUGACUUCGACACUAGCGUUCGAUUACCAAGGCACGUACAUAUCGCGCCACCAGAUGAGAAGGAUCCAUCGAAACAAAGGUUUGUCGCUGAACGAAUCCUCGUCCUCCAAGGUACAGCUUUGACAGAGCUAAAUGGUGAAAUCUAUGUCAUCCCUCCUCGUACUCUUGUGACUAUCGCUCCUGGUGUUCCUCAUACCUGGACUGCAUGUCCUGCAGGAGUAUCGCCAGCCACGGCUUUUCCAGAAUAUGACGCCGAUAUGCUUACGGAUAUGGAUGCUGUGGUCAGCGAAGGUCGAUUUCUUAUGGUCUAUGAAUAUGAAGAAGAGACAGGCUUCUUCCCAACUGCACAGACUGAUACACUCCAGGAUGUGCAGCAGUAUGUGAGAGCCCAAGAGGCAGAGCUAGAAGAACUAAGAUUUCCCAGUCUUAGUGCCCAGGAGGUGCUGGAAAGAGGCUGGAUUGUGUGGGGCGGAGAAUGCAGAAGAAUAGGAAGUGCCCAAAAAUAG